CAUUUCAACAGAGUGUACGUACCGUUGCCACAAAAGCCCUUUUCUGUACUAGAAGCAAAUCGUUCUGGACAUUAGAGCAGACAAAUGGCAACUUCUGCAUUGUUUCCAAUGCCACAGAAUCGUUCCACCUCUCAGUCAUCAAACGACACCCCAGGGCAAUUUUCUACUCAUACCGCAAGAACACGCCCUGUCUCCACACCUGUACCUUUACCUCUCCACGACUACAUGACCGAUAUAGAACAAGCUAAUUACAUGAGACCCCACCAGCUAUACGCACAACCCUAUGGUAAUCGACCUACAUCACAAGACCACCAUCGCCGGUACUAUCAAUAUCGAAAACAAAAUAUGUUUGGUCCUUAUCUGAUGCUUCAGACCUUGGGUGAAGGCGAAUUUGGCAAGGUCAAGCUGGGCAUGCACAUUGAAACCCAACAGGAAGUGGCCAUUAAGCUCAUUCGCAAAGAAAGUGUUGAUAAUUCAACACGUUUAAGCAAGGUCGAAAGGGAAAUAUCUGUCCUCAGGACGGUUCGGCACCCAUACAUCGUGAAAUUGUACGACGUUCUUGAAACCGAAAAAUAUAUCGGCAUCAUUUUAGAAUGUGCUUCAGGAGGCGAAUUGUUCGAGUACAUCCUUGCCCGUCGUUAUCUCAAAGAGCAAGAUGCCUGUCGACUGUUUGCACAGCUCAUCAGCGGAGUUCAUUACCUUCAUCAAAAGCAUAUUGUUCAUAGAGAUCUCAAGCUGGAAAACUUGCUGCUAGAUCGUAAUCGCAAUGUUAUCAUCACCGACUUUGGCUUUGCAAACCAGUUCAACAGUGCAAAGGAUGAUUUGAUGGCAACGUCGUGUGGAUCACCUUGCUAUGCCGCUCCUGAGUUGGUGGUCAGUGAAGGCUUGUAUGUGGGCUCAGCUGUGGAUAUUUGGUCCUGCGGUGUCAUUUUGUACGCAAUGCUCUGUGGUUAUCUUCCCUUUGACGACGACCCAGCCAACCCUGAUGGUGACAACAUCAAUCUGCUGUACAAGCAUAUCUUGAGCUCGUCUCUGGUGUUUCCCGACUAUGUUAGUCCUAUGGCUCGUGAUCUGCUGGAUAAGAUGCUGGUGCCAGAUCCUACUAAGCGAUGUGACAUUCAAACCAUCAUGGAUCAUCCUUGGCUCCAGCAAUACCGUUCCUUGUUUGCCAAGUCAGUUCGUGAACUUGAAUUUCAAGCAACCACGUCGGCUGAAUUAACCCUGAGUCCAGUGGGAGCGGAAGCUUACCGCUACGCGCAACAAUCCCUUGGCCUUCAAGAAUUUUCUGCCUCAAGAAACACAUUUUCAUCCGAUUAUGAUCUUGGUCUAAGCGAGCAGAUGUUGGAUAAUCAUAGCACAAAGGACAUGUCUGCGGACGAUGAGGCUGUGGUGCCAUCCUCUAAAGAAGUCACCUCAAGUAAUAGUGACAGCUCCAACAGUACUAGGAAAGGCUCAGACGUUGCAGUAGCGGAUAUAAAGUCUCACUUCUCAGUGCAAAUGAAUCAAGUCGUUCCCAUGAACACGGAAGAACCUGCUUCUAUUACCAGCCCCAAGCCAUCCCGCACGCACUCUACUGCCGUUGUCUCCCCAGAGAAAACUAUGAACGAUCCAUUAUCUCCUAAACCGGGUAUGAAUGCCAACGACAAGCGAGGUAAUCACAGAAAGGGCUAUUCUACUGAAAAGUUCUUCAGUAUCAUUACUGGUGGUUACAGUCAAAGUACGUCAAUUCCAAAGUCAACUACCUUUGGUGGGCUUAAACGAAACAACACCAUGAACCUAUCCCCUACACCAUCAUCCACCAAGAGUUCUUCAAACACUAGUUCCAACGCCACCCCCAGUCGUAAUCAUAAUCGGUUUGGCAGUGUCUCGAUUGCCCGGGGAACAGGCUCUAUCUUGCAUGCCAAGUUUUUAUCCAGUAUCAGCGGAAGCCCAUCUCGGCGUUCUGUCCAUGUUGAUGAAAGUCCUCCUACCAGUGGGCCUUGGCCCGGAACGAGCGUCAGCGCAUCCAUCUUACCCAGCAACACUGGCCAUACACCCAAAAGCCCUCUUUACACUCCUGCUCGUGCCUUGCAGCCAAUUCCAGACUUGACGCAAUCCAGUACUGUGCGAGGAACCCGACGCAAGGCUAUGAGUUUACUGGUCACGCCUGCUGCUGCCGUAGAAUCCAGUGAGGAAGACUCCAGUGGUGAAAACCGAUGGCUUGGUGCUGAGACUGGAAGAAAAGCGCUUGCCUUUGCUCGUCGAGCCAGUAUUCGUAAUCGUUCCCGACCUGACAAAUCAGCUCAUGAUUCUGAUCGGGAUAGCGGCACCAUGGAAGGCAUUGUGGAAGAUGAAGCCCCUGCCAAAGAAUCGCAAGACAAGGACCGUCAAAAAACCACUGGCAAGAAGAUGAUUGAUUGGAUAAAGAAGAAAUCAAAUUUACGUGAUAUACGUUCUCCUAUUAGUAUAUCGAGCUCUCCCUUUGAUCAAAUUGGACGCUCGUUUGCUCAUGCUAGCAUGAGAGGUCGCCCACAGUCUGGAUCGCAUUGGGCUCCCGAGGAGACUAAGCUGCGAAUCUAUCACGGAGCUGUUGAUCAGUCGGCAUUGACAUCAAGAUCUCCCAAUGAUGUUUUCAAUGAAGUCAAAAAAACUCUGGCGUCCAUGGGCAUCGAUGUGAAGAGUGAAGGAGAUUAUAAGGUCAAGUGCACUAGACGGAAGCGAAAGUCUGGACGUGUGAUUCCACCAUCCACGAAUGCCAGUGUUGAUACUUUUGAUGGCGACAGUGGUAUGUCCUUGUCCAUGGCAGACCAGAAGAAACGCCGCGGGGUAGCUGGUACGGCCACUAUCCGAAACCUGUUGCGCCGUUCAAGUGCCUAUAGUCAUGAAAGUAUUCCUCAUCAACGACAUACUUCUGGUAGUGAUGAUGACGGCGUAGCGCCUAGUGAUGUUGCUGAACAGCGUCAUGCCUCGAAACAAUGUACAAGUAGUUCACUCAACUCCACCGUGUCUGGAAAACCCGUAGCUCCUAUUUAUGGCGAUGAAAGUGUUGACUCAGGAGAUGAAAUACGUUUCAGUGUCGAAUUAUGCAAAUUUAAGAAUCUUCAUGGCCUCUAUAUUGUCGAUAUCAGACGUAUGCGUGGUAAUGUCUGGGGUUACAAGUUCGUCUACCACCAGCUACUGGAGGCCUUGGACCUAUACCGAAAAGGCGGUUAUAUCCCUGGACCUGAACGCCAACCACCACCGCCUUCAAACCCUAUCAUGGCUACUGACUCAAAGAAGAACACUGACUUCAAUGGUCUUGGAAGUAUUGCUGAAAUCAAGGUGUAAGCCUGUGGAUUUCACCUAUGGCUUGAUAUUUUUCCCCAUCUCUUGUUUAUCUUUUAUUGCUUUAUAUGCUUGCGCAAAUGCAACUUCUUAUGAUAGCCUUUUGGGCCUAUUCUACACGCCUUUAUACCAACAAUUUUGCACGAUUCCCAUACUUUUUCUCUAUGCUUUCUUUUGCUCCAUCAGCGUUUAAUUAUCCACACCGAUUUUUUUUUCAUCCCGCACUCAUAGCUCUCACUUAUUCUUAAUACCUCCACGAUUUUUGGCUCUCAGAUAGACCUCUACACAAUAUACUUUUUCAUCCAUGCUGGAAGAAACCAUUUGUAUGGCAAACGGGGGUUCAAAAGCG